UCUUGUCCCCAAAAGUAUAAUAAAAUGUCAAAUAUUUUUAUGAAUUUAUUCUAUAAAAGUUUGCAAAGAAUUGUAGCAAUUUAAUGACUCCUUUGGUCUUGCAUGUGGGCAGAUAAACUUGCAAAGUCAGGUAACUGGCAGCAAAUACACCAUCUAGAUUGUGACACAUCGUGUCGUCUGACUUUUUUGCAGUGCUUCUGUUUUGCUUCAAUAUACGCCAGCAUAGCCGCCAAAUCCUAUAUUUUGAACUUUUUUUUCAUAGACUUUGGAAUGUGGACGGCCGCAUUUUUAUUUCGCGACGGCCGCAGGUUGUGCACCGUUGAUCUAUUCAAUAUUUUAGAUGCAUAGAUUGUGGAGGAAGCUUUAAGUAAACGCUUAUAUUGUUAGGUAAAUCACUAUGGUGUGAUGGUGAGAAAGUUCAGCAAUAACCUCUUACAUAUUCCAAAGGAUACGAACCUGCACACCUUCGGAAUGCUCAAAUAUUUAGUGCAUAACAUGGACUGUUCAACUAAAAAUCUGCGACGAGUGUUUAUAAAUUCAAAUUUUUUUUUAUGCGUACUCGCUAAAUCUGUUCUUGUAAGAGAAAGUUUAAUUUAACAAACAUUCGGAAAUUUUUUAUGUCUGUUGCCACUGUCCGCACAUUUUAUUGUAUCGUAUAAACUUCUUUGUUUAUCAGUGAAUUAGUAUUAUCAAUACUUAAAAGUACAUUGAGAUAUGUCAGAAAAUGCAUCAAAAAAAUUACAGUUUGUGCCAUUUUCCAGCACUGUUUCACCAGGAUUUUGGUAUCAACUUGUUGAUAAAAAACUAAACGUCUUCAAAUUGAACGACUCUGCUCAAGAAAUCAAUGGAUUUUAUAUGAACUCUGAUUCUGGUGGUGUGUCAUGUCGUCAUACCGUUGAAUAUGAUUCUUUUGAACCUUUGGGUACAACUCCAUCCCUUUGCCAAGCAUCACAUGGACGGUUAUACAACAAAAAUACUGUAGAAGAAUUCAAAGAAGUGGAUAAAAAGGAAUUGCUGGAAAACGAGGCUGAUUUAAUAUGGAAUGACAUAAAAAGCGGUAGAGCUAUUCAAGAACCGUCUUUAUUAGUACGCUUCUGUUUAUUAAGUUUUGCGGAUUUGAAAAAAUAUCACUUCUAUUACUGGUUUGGAUUUCCAACUUUUCUACAUGCAACGGAUCACCUACAAGUUGAAAAAUGUUGCCCCAUUACUGAUGAAAUAUCUGAAAACAACAUUGCUGUAUUGAAUGAUGCAAUCAAAAAAUUUAAGGGAAGAAAAUCUUUUUAUUUAAUUGCAUCUGAGAAUGAAAAUUUUAAAAAUCCAUGCUGCCAUGAUUUAUGUGAAUUUUCUAGUUUGGCAAAUCAAAGUAAAGAAAUCUGUUUUGUAUGCUUUGAUCCGAGUACGGCAGCUGGUCACCCAGGAUGGCCGUUACGCAAUUUUCUUCUUUUGGUAAGUAUGCAUUGGAUGAAGGAAUUAAAUGGGAACAUUAAAGUAAUAUGCCUAAGAGAAACUAUUCAAGAGGGUGUAAAGACAAUAUCAAAUAGUUUGUUUCUACAUUUAACUUAUGAUCUUACUACCACUAGUGAUUUAUUCACAAAUCAACUCACUGCAAUAGGUUGGGAAAGAAAUCGUAAUAACAAACUUGGCCCUCGCCAUGUAAACUUAGCGGAAACCAUGGACCCAACAAAAUUGGCAGAAUCCGCUGUUGGCUUAAACUUAAAGCUAAUGAGAUGGCGACUUAUGCCCACCAUUGAUCUUGAAAAAAUUGCUAAAUCAAAAUGUCUUCUUCUGGGAGCAGGAACUCUUGGUUGCAAUGUAGCUAGGGCCUUGCUCGGUUGGGGUGUAAAGAAAAUCACUCUUAUUGAUUAUGGGAGAGUGUCUUUUUCAAAUCCUGUUCGCCAAUCACUGUUUGAGUUUUCAGAUUGUUCUACAUCUGGAGGUCGACCAAAAGCAAUUGCAGCAGCGGCAAAGCUAGUACAAAUUUUCCCAGGUGUCGAUGCUACUGGUAUGGAAUUAUCAAUACCAAUGCCGGGACACCCUGUCAAUACGAAUGAAAAAACAUUAAAAAAGGCGAGGGAAGAUGUGUCCACAUUAACACAACUAAUAGAAAGCCAUGAUGCCGUAUUUUUGUUGAUGGAUUCAAGAGAAAGUCGAUGGUUGCCUACUGUAUUGGCAAGUGCUAAACGAAAGUUAGUGAUUAAUGCAGCUUUGGGUUUUGAUUCAUACCUUGUUAUGAGACAUGGAGUGGAGAGCAAAAGCGAAGACCAGCAAAAGCUUGGUUGCUAUUUUUGCAAUGAUGUUGUGGCUCCUGGUAAUUCAAUUAAAGAUCGAACAUUGGACCAACAAUGCACAGUAUCAAGGCCUGGGAUAUCAAUGAUUGCAUCAGCGCUAGCUGUUGAAUUAUUUGUUUCAGUCUUGCAACACAGUGAAGGAAGUCAAUACCUGUCUAAUAAAACGGAGGAUGAAGUCAAUGAUAACAAAGAUGAUUUUCCUUUAGGUUUAAUUCCACAUCAAAUUCGAGGAUUUAUUUCUCAUUACCAAACCAUACUCCCAACCACACAUUCUUUCAGUAAAUGUACAGCUUGCUCGAAAAUAGUGCUUGAUAAUUAUGAUGAAAGUCAAAUAGACUUUUUGAUGGAAGUUUUCAAUUCACCACCACAAUAUCUUGAAGACAUUACAGGUUUAACAGAACUUCACAAGGAAACAGCAUUGGCAGAAGAUGAAAUUCUGGAAUUUAGUGAUGGAGAGAGCAUAUAGAAAUAUCUUUGGUAUUAUUGACACUGUUUCAUGUAAUGAAGAACUCACACUUGAAACCAAGUCAUCAACUCAUGAACCUCAAGGAAAUUUUGACUUGGGUCCAGUGAUUUGGAUCAGAUAUCACUGCAAAUUAUCCAGAGUUAGGUGCAAGCCUCUAAACCCGGAGACUCCAUAAAUUUUAAUUUUGAGUCGUAGCACCCACUGAUUUCCAGUUAUAUUAAAAUUUCAUAAACAGCAUAAGGGGUAAAUGUGAGUGGCAUUGACUUCCCUUGUGUCAUACCAAUGUUUUUCUGAAAAUGAAUAUAGGAUUUGAUCAUGUAUUGACAACAUUUACAUCGAUAACUCCACUGCUAAAUCAUAUUUUAAUGAAACUUUUGCUUCUUCAAAUUGUUAUCGAACCUCAAGGCAAUGCUCACUGGCGAUUAUUCAAGUCGAAAAAUUUUAUUUGAAUGAUUCCGUUCAUAUCAAAUCUUUGAUAAAGAUGAUUCUAGUCUCCCCAACACAUCCUAAGUCAUGAGAAGGAUUGUGUUCCCAUCUGUCAAAUGCUUCAGGAUUUGGCACUUUUAAUCUAGGCUUAUAUCACUCAUGCAAGAAUUUGGCAUCAUGUCAUGCAUUAGUGCAAUUAUAAAAAUUCUAUCAUUGCUGCUAUUUUUGGCUAUCUAUUUUCAAGUCUUCUAUUGAAUAGUUUGUUUCACCAUAUUAAUUGAUAUAUUUUUCUUUCAAUUUAAAUUUAUUUCUUAUCAAAUUUUUAAUUUUGAUAGAUUAUUAUUUCAAUAUGGCAUUGCAUCAUUAUUUGUAAUAUUACAAGAUUCCAUUGUUUAUAUAUAUAUAUUUUGAUUAACAGAAGUUUUGAAACAAUUAAAUUUAAUGAAAAAUCUUGUGCUUUGGUAAAACCUUUUUAAGCAAUUAAAUCUAUAAUGGUUGGUACA